UGAGACAGAUUCAGGCUGAGGUUCUUCUCCUGUGUGAAAGCCAUUAAACAGCGAGCCAUGAUUGUGAAAACGUGUGCAGUGUUACUCCUGCUUCUUGGCACUCUGCGCAUGAACCUGACCCAGGGGAAGCCAACCGCAGUUCUGAACAGGUGCAUGUGCAGAGGUGGAGCAACACAGAUCAAUGUGAAAAACAUUAGGGGAUUACAGGUUAUCCCCAUUCCAAACUGUCCCCUCCAACUCAUAGCCACAUUGAAGACUGGGAAGAAGAUUUGCCUGCACUCCAAAUUUUUGUACCUUUGGGAAAGGAAAAUAAAUAGGCAAAGCAAGAACUGAACAAGAGGGAAGAAUGAAGCUAGCUGGUUGUCCCUGCCAGGAUACUGCGCAUGUGUGUAAUCACACCAAAGAUGCUCUGUGCACAUCUUAACUUAGUGUUUCUUCGCCAUGCCUACUUCAAUUGCUUCGCUAGCCACCACACCACAUUCUCAGUCUGUUACAUGCUGACUCUAGUUUAGCUGUAGUGUGGUGUGCGCAUGCGCUUUGUCAGCAGAGCUGUUUUAAUUUCAUUUAAAAAUGAACACCUCCAGAUAUAUUUUUACUGUAUUCUUAUUGCCAACUGAGUCCAAGGCAAGCUCAUAGGGUUAGAAAAAUUAAACGAAGGUGAUGGAACAAAAUGCAACCAUUGAGAAAUAUUAUUUACAGCAGUACUUUUUUGACAAUUAUUAAUCGUCAGAGUAUAAUUCUUUUUUAAACAAGGUAUUAUGUUUGUCUUUACAUUCCUCCCCAUCCCAAUUAAUCUCCUGAUAAUGGUAAUUAUAGAAAUGUGAUUUCCAAGAAUGCAGUUUUGUUUGUAGGUCGUAAAUCAUUGAAGGUAGUUGAGAUUUUCUGAUGGAAAUCCAAAUCCCAUGAUCUAUAAUUCCUUGGCAGCAUCUAGUAGCAAGAGCAAGUGCUUUAAAGUCUACUAGCAGACUAACCAGUGUGUUAACACUCAGGAUAUAACCUUUUCAUACUGUCAGCUCUUUAAGUCAACAUUCAAGUAAUAAGAUCUCUAUUGUCCCGUUCCCAUCAUGACUUAGACUUUAACAGUCCCAAAGGAUGUAUGGAGUCUUGAUGUAGGGUUUUGAACAAUAUUAUCAUUUCAGUCAUAUAGAUUUGGGGAGGGGGACGGUCAGUUGGCUGUAGGUUUUCAAUGCAGGGUGACACCAGCAUUGAGGGUCCAAGUCUCCUACCAGCUGACUACAUCACGCACGUCACACCAUCCCAAACUUGGCCCUUGCCUGAGGCAUGCUGACCCUCGGGGUAAUACACCACCUAUCACCUCUUGAAUGAGAGAACAGGACUAUGGUAACUUUACCUUUUACUUUUUUAGUACGUCCAUGAGGAUGGCCCCAAGGUGAUUAACUUCCUAGUUUCUCUGAAGGCGUUUAUGAAUUUUCCCAAACAUGCAGAACAUUCCUGGUAUCUCCGGAUGACAGAAUUGCUUGAAUUUAGGAACACCCCAGAAAAUGGGGAAUAUUUGAGCUUCCACCCGAUUACAUGGUUAGGUUAAAAAUUCCAGAACAUGUUACUCUGAGUCAGCCUUACUUAUCCAAACUGCUGCAACCAGGGUCCAAAUUCUAGUCCAUCUCUCUAGCUGCAGAAUCUGUCAGACUGAAAGCGUCCUCUCCUAUCAAAGCUAUUGCAAUCUCCCUGACCCUUAGACAGUAAUAACAUACCACCACUAACAAAAUAUCUUUGUGAAGCAUUAAGGCUGGUGGCUGGAGGUUAAUGUUUGAAUUUACUAAUGGUGUUUGAAGCUGCCAUUGGAGUUUAUUGUAAGCUCAUUAAUUGCUUGUUUUGUACAUAUUGGAGUUUAUUAAUUGUUGCCUCUUGUGAGUUUUUGAGAACAAUUUGAAAUUAUCUAGCGGAAAUCCAACUUUUAACUUCCAAUUUUCUGAAACAACGAGCUAUAAGGAAGGAUUAGUGUCUGCUGGCAAGUGCCUUUUGUUGUAAAGUCCCUUAAAAUGUGAAAAUCAAGGUGCUUCCUUCAAGGAAAGACUUUCUCAAAAUAUUAUUGUUGGAAAGGCAGCAAUUCCACCAAAUAUUUGUCCCAGUGAUUUUGAGCACGUGAUGUGCAGCAACUGAUGUAUGUCAUUUCACUGUAUAUUUGUAGAUGAGAUGUUAUUACCAUAUUUUAAGUUCACUGUAAUUGAAACUAUGUUUGACACAUUGAAAGACACAAUUGACUACUCUGUUUUAUACUGUUUCUAUGUAACGUUAAAGAGGCUUUUUAACAAAAUCAACUUUUUUAAAAAUACAAAAGGUUUCUUCUCA